AUGCCCCGCACCGCACCAGACGAAUACCUCCAACGCGCCUACACCCUCUCCACCACCACCGAAGCCCGAACUCUCUACAACGAAUGGUCCACCGUAUAUGAUACAGACCUCACGAGCGCAGGAUACGCGUCGCCGCGACGGGCCGUAGAAACAGCCAUCGCUCAUCUCCCCGCAUCACAACCAACCCCGCUCAGAAUCCUAGACGCAGGCUGCGGAACCGGGCUCGUAGGAUCCUACCUCUCUACCUCCGCGCUCGCAAAUAAAUUCACCCUCGAUGGACUAGACCUUAGCGAGGGUAUGCUCUCCGUCGCGCGGAGCAAGAAUAUCUACUCGUCUCUUGAUGUAGCGAACCUGAACGAUGCGAUCCUUAAACCCGAUGGGAGCUAUGAUGUCGUGAUCUGUGUUGGGACGUUGACGGAAGGGCAUGUCGGACCGAAGGUUCUGGGGGAGUUCGUGAGGGUUGCUGUUGCGAAGACGGGGCUUGUUGUCGUCACGGUCCAUGAGAAGGUUUGGGAGAGUGGUGGGUUUAAGGGAGAGGUUGAGAGGUUGGAACGGGAGAGGAUUGUGGAUGUUGUUGCGGUUGAUGAGUUUGGGAUUUUGGAGGGUGAGAGGAAGGGCGGGUGGAUGGUUGUUUUGCGAAGGGUGUAG